ACGCCAAUACAAAAUAAAAACCUUAGCUCUCUUCUUCGUCAUUCUUGUUUCUUUUUUGGUAUAUGAAGCAUGGUUUAGGGCUUUUAAUUCCAACUAAUUUUUUUUUAAAAAAUCUAGUGAUUUUUUAUCUCAAUUUUUAUUUUUCCAAAGAAAAUUUGUAUACUAGUUAAUCUAAUUAAUGGAAAUAAAUGGAAGUGUUUAUAAUUCUGGGAAUAUAUCCCAACGAAAUGUCGACGCUGAGGGUCAAACAUCCGUUUUGAGUUCGAAUUUGUUCUUGGAUCACGUUGGAGAGGUUACUCUUACUCUUAAUUCAGAUGGAUUGUCUUGGAAAUCGCUUUAUUCCUUGGAUAAUGAUGGAUCAACAUGUUUGGGAAUUAAAUUUCUUCCUAGAAUGGCAACUAAAAUGGCAACGAAGCUAAAAUUCUCUGAUAUCUAUGCCGUAGAGAUAAUAGACAGUGAUGUGAUUCAAGAAUCAGAUCUCCCACUUGCUGCAGAGUGUUUCAUGGGGAAUGAAUCUCAUGAUUCUGGGAUGAACCACUUUAUGGUGCAUACUUUUCAAAAGUCUAAGUCACAGCCUUGCCUUUGGAGCUUGGCGGUUUACAAAUUUGGUAACAAGGACUUGCAGACAUGUCAAAUGUGGGUGAAUAAAAUUAAUGAUUCUCUUAGUAAGGAAGUUGGGAGACCAAAGAAUCUUCUGGUAUUUGUUCAUCCAAUGAGUGGGAAAGGGAAUGGACGGAGGAUCUGGGAAACUGUUGCUCCUAUAUUCUCACGUGCUAAAAUAAACACAAAGGUGAUAGUAACACAGAGGGCGGGGCAUGCAUUUGAUGUGAUGACAUCUGCCACAAAUGAAGAGCUGAAUUCAUAUGAUGGUGUUCUAGCUGUUGGUGGUGAUGGUUUCUUCAAUGAAAUCCUUAACGGGUUUCUUUCUUCAAGGCAUAAAGCUCCUUUCCCUCCUAUCCCUUCAGAUUUUCUUGAUGCUCUGGGGAAUAACAGCAACCCCUUAGUUAAUGAUCCAAAUGGAGCAGAUUCUGAGAGUCAUAACAACAUAGAGAGUGAUCCUCUUCUCUCAAGUUCGGCUCAUAAUGAAUCAGGAUUCUCUCAUUUGAGAACUAAUGAUGGUUCUCACAUUGAAGAUCAAAUUGAGAAUCCACUCCCUAACCAGAGGCUUAGACUUGGAAUAAUUCCUGCAGGUUCAACAGAUGCUAUUGUUAUAUGCACCACUGGUGCUCGAGAUCCUAUAACGUCUGCACUGCACAUUGUCCUGGGUAAAAAGUUGUGCCUUGAUGUUGCUCAAGUUGUAAAAUGGAAAACUACGUCUACCUCAAAGAUUGAACCUCGUGUACGCUAUGCGGCUUCUUUUGCUGGGUAUGGAUUUUAUGGAGAUGUCAUUACAGAGAGUGAAAAAUACCGCUGGAUGGGCCCCAAACGUUAUGAUUAUGCGGGAACUAAAGUGUUUUUGAAACACAGGUCAUACGAAGCAGAAGUAGGAUACCUGGAAGUUGAAUCAGAAAAAGAUAGUUCAAUUUUAGAUGGAAGUAGGAUGUUUAGUAGGGUGCGGAGCUUGAAACGAAAAAAAUCUGAAAGAAUUAUUUGCCGAGCUAAUUGCGAUGUGUGUAAUACAAAGCCAGUUUAUUCUUCAACAAGAAUCCCGCCUGCAAUAAGUUCACCAGAAGCAAGAUGGUUGAAAUCUAAAGGGCGUUUUCUUAGUGUUGGGGCUGCCAUAAUGUCUAACCGAAAUGAAAGGGCACCUGACGGUUUAGUGGCUGAUGCACACCUUUCAGAUGGUUUCCUACAUCUUUUAUUAAUUAAAGACUGCCCUCAUGCAUUAUAUCUCUGGCAUCUUACGCAGCUGGCAAGGAAAGGCGGAAACCCCCUGAAUUUCGACUUUGUGGAACAUCAUAAGACCCCGGCAUUUACAUUCACUUCAAUCGGCAAAGAGAGCAUCUGGAAUCUGGAUGGUGAGCUUUUUCAAGCACAUAAACUUUCAGCGCAAGUAUUUCGAGGCCUUAUUUGCUUAUUCGCAUCUGGUCCUGAAGUUUAGGAUACAAUGGGAACAUGCUUUCAUCAAAGCAUGCAGUAGUUGAGUAAUAUACAAAUUGAAUAUACAAUUAGAACAUUUGAUAAUAUUUGAGUUCAUUCACAGCAA